AUGGGAACCAAAGAACUGCCUUCCGGCUGUGAAGUCUGUGGCAAGAAAGACGGUCUUCUCCAAUGCUCUGGCUGUAAGGUGGUGUCGUACUGCGGCCGCGACCACGAAGUCGCUGAUCGCCCGUCACACAAAUCUGCCUGCAGCGCCAUCAGAAGAGCACGAGUCAAGAUGGAGCACGAGGAGCAGAUCAUCCGCAAUCACCCCGGAGAUUGGGCGAUGCCUGCAGACGCGUUUACCAACAGCGUCGGGCACUUCUGGGGCAUCCUCGGAACCCGCGACUAUAUGCGAGCCCGAUUUGCACUGGUCGAUUACAUGGGCCAAGUCGACAACGUCCAAUCCGUUCAGGCGCAGCUGGACCAUUAA